CCGCGGUGGCUCGCGUCGCACGCCCGCCAAUCGUUCGUGAUGUUGCACGCGAGGCUCGUCGCGACGUCGCGCCGCGCCGUCGAGACCCAAGUGUACGCGCGGCUCCGCGAGGCCACCGCGCCGCAUGGCACGUUCAGGCGCACGGUGGGCGACCGCGCCCUCAGCCGCGGUCAGGUAUCGCGCGAGUACAUGCGCGAGAAUUAUCUGAGGAUGCUCGAAAAGUGCAAGUCGAAAAAGCUACCGCAGGACGUGAAUCCCAAGGGCGUGUUCGCCUGUAACGAGCUCGACUUUAAAGAGGUCCAGGUUUACGGAUUCGAUUACGAUUACACGCUAGCGUGUUACAAGCCGUCUAUGGACUACUUGCUUUACAGCCUGGGACGCGACAUGCUCAUUAAAAAAUAUAAGUAUCCAGAGGGAAUUGCCGAUCUGAAGUACAGAGAAAAUUUCGCCGUCCGCGGCCUCCAUUACGACAUCCAGAAGGGUCUCCUGCUGAAGCUCGACAGUUUCCUGCAAAUUCAAUUGGGCGCCGUUUAUCGUGGCUCGCACCCCGUGCCCGACGAGGAGGUCUUGCAUAUCUACAAGAACAGGAUAAUACCGAUAGCCUACGUCGAGGCACCCCAUAAACACUCCCACAAGGAUGCCUUACAUCGCUCGAAAAUGGUCCAAUUAGCCGAUUUGUUCUCGGUACCGGAAAUGGGUUUACUGUGUAACGUUACGGAGUAUUUCCUACAGAAUCACAUCGACUACCACCCGGAGAUACUGUUUAGGGACGUUAAGAAUUCUGUGCAAAGCUGCCAUCCUAUUAUGCAUCGACUGGUAGUGGAAAAUGUGUCCGAGUACCUGGAACAGAAUAAAGAUUUGAGGAGAUUUUUCGAUCGACUUCGAAAUGCUGGCAAGAAGACUUUCUUGGUUACAAAUAGUCCCUUUCAUUUCGUUAACAAGGGUAUGCAAUUUCUGGUGGGCGAGAAUUGGAAGAAUUAUUUCGACGUGGUGAUUGUUCAAGCGAGAAAACCAAGAUUUUUUACCGAGGAAACGCGCCCCUUGAGAAUCUACGAUGAAGUUAAGCAGACACAAUUGUGGGAUCGAGUCACUAAACUGGACAAGGGUAUCAUAUAUCUUGAGGGAACAGUUAAACAAUUGCAAGAUAUGACCGGAUGGCGAGGACAUCAAGUAUUGUAUUUUGGCGAUCAUCCAUACAGCGACCUGGCGGAUGUGACUUUAGAGCAUGGCUGGCGAACGGGGGCGAUAAUAAAAGAAUUGACGCACGAAAUUGAAACUCUAAAUGAUCCGAAAUUCAAAGAGAAUGCGAACUGGCUCCAGAUGUUGACCGGUCUAAUUGAGGAACAUCAGGAUUACGAAGGGCCCGAAGUGCAAAACGAGCUGGACGAGUGGAUGAGGGAACGAGAUGAAUUAAGAAACGAGAUUAAGUCUGUCUUCAACAAACAAUUCGGCUCAGUGUUCAGAACAUAUCAUAAUCCGACUUAUUUCUCCAGAAGACUGUUUAGAUUCGCUGAUAUCUAUAUGAGUUCAAUCACGAACCUGUUAGAAUACUCCACAAGUCAUACGUUUUAUCCUAGGAGAGGUGUAAUGCCUCACGAGUAUACAAGUUACUUCGUAUAAAAAGUCUAUGUUUCUAGAAAUACUUGUUAUCCUUGUAUAAAUGCUUUUAGAGCGUAUGAUCAAAAAAUAUUUCGCGUUGCAGAAUAGUAGUUUCGAUCAUGAGAAAAGUUGAUAUGUUCGACAUCACAAAAGCCUUUAUAACAGAGAAUCGCUAAUUCCGUGCAAAACACUCCCGCCUUAUUAUUAGGUACGCAUGCAUAAUUUACGUGCGCAUAUAAUGUAAAUCUAUAUCGAUCAACGUUAAUGCGCUUUUACAGCUAUGUAGUUACAGGUAAUCUGCAUUGAAAUGUAAUGUAUGUAAACGCGAUAAAACGGACGGGCGUAUAGAUCACGUAGGCUCUUACGUUAUUAUUAUUACCAUGACAAUAGCCGGAUUAUGUAAAAUGAAGUGAUACAUGUUGUAAGGAGUAAAAUGCAUGGAAUAGGAAAUGUUGAAAAAUUCGAACAGCUAUACGCAAAGUAUUAUUGAACUAUGAAAUUUGUUAGAUAUUUUGAGAUUUAUUAAUUUAUUUUUCGUAAUUUAUGUAAGAGAGAGAGAGGAAACGUUAAUGCGCUUUUGCGCAAUUAGAAUGAAGUAUAAAUUGUGAAGAGAAUGCCAAUUUAGAUCGUGUCAAUACUCAAUUAUUUUUGCAAUGAGAUAGAUAUUUAUCGUUGACGCAUGAUAAAUUUAAAAUUUAACUUGUAAUAUAUUUAUGAAUAUGCGAUAUAUCCACAUAAACAAGUACAAACGUAUCGCGCACAUGCAAUUCAAUUUUCAUCCUGAAUUCAAAAGUUAAAUUUGCAGUUUAAUUGGUAUUAGCUUUCUUUCCAAGUUCCUUGUAAUCGGUUUUAAGUUAUUAUUUUCUGCAUGAAAUUAUGCGUUAAAAGCAAACGUUCGUUUAUAGUUUAAAUUCGUUAAUGUAAAAACAUUUAUUGUGUGUUUAGAAUAAUUUUUAGAAUGACUUAAUACUCAACAUAUUCAAAAAUAUAAUCAUUAAGGUAACCGUGUGUUCAAAAGUAUUAUAUAUAAAUAUGACUAUAUUAAAUAGGAAAUGUUAAAGUAUAUUUAUUUAGUAUCUUUGUAGGUGAAAUGUAUCACUAUUGCUAAAUAUACCUUUAUUUUCAAUACAA